UUUAUCUGUCGCGUCGCGCGGCCCAUCGUGCACAGUUUUAUUUGUGUUCUCAACGUGACCGCCGCGGUUUGUUUGUUUAGUUUUCUGUCGUAGUUUGCUGUAAUCUCUUAUACUCAACGAUGGCUUCACCUCUCGCCGGCAAACUUGCACUUGUUACCGGAGCGGGCUCUGGAAUCGGACGUGCGACGAGUCGACUCUUAUCACGGGACGGUGCGAUUGUCAUUGCCGUUGAUCGUAAUGGGCCGGCAGCACAGGAAACGAUUGCGAAUCUGGCGGCACCUGGUGUGGAUCAUGCUGCCUUCGAGAUGGACGUAAGCUCCGGCGACAGUAUUGAUGCUGUGCUAGGGAGUGUGCUGGAACGGUACAAGCGACCCCCGACGGUGGUCGUUAAUGCGGCCGGCAUAACUAGGGAUAACUUUCUGCUGAAAAUGCCAGAGGCGGAUUUUGAAGCCGUCAUCGAUGUGAAUCUGAAAGGUACCUGGUUGAUGCUGCAGCGCUUCGGACGUGCCAUGAUCGAUCACGGGUUGCCCGGAUCGAUGGUGAACGUUUCCUCGAUCGUCGCACGUACCGGUAACAUCGGACAAUCGAACUAUUCACCGAGCAAGGCGGGUGUUGAAGCCAUGACCAAGGUUGUGGCACGCGAAUUCGGCAGGUACAACAUCCGGGUGAAUGCGGUUGUACCCGGUUUCAUCCAAACGCCGAUGACGAAAACCGUUCCACAGAAGGUAAAAGACAUAAUGAUAAUGCAGUGCGCGUUGCGUCGCUUCGGUCAACCGGAAGAAAUCGCGGAAGUAGCCGCUUUCCUCGCAUCGGAUAAAAGCAGCUACGUUAAUGCUACAUCUAUUGAAGUGACCGGUGGUUAACGUAACAGGCAGACGGCGUCGUCUUACCCUAUUCGGAUGUACAGGUCAAUCCCCUCACCACCUUCGUUAUCGUUCUGAACCGUGCUACCUCAAAUCGAUUUAUAAGUAAUUUUACUUCAAUUGUUUUGCCUUUCUGCACAGCGAAAGGGAAAAUAAAGGAAUUCUUCUAUUGUUACAGCGCAAAGCGACAUAGUUUCACAGAUAAGGUUGGAA